AUGGUGGUCCUGCUAAAAUCAAAGAUUAAAGCAAACAGGAAACUGGAGGUGAAAGGAAGGAGACGCAGGAUGAAAGAGAACAAAAUCAUUUAUGAUGAUCCUCUUCCUAUUGCUCACGAAUUUUACCAGCCAGGAGACCUUGUAAUUGGUGAGAUGGUUUCGCAAGUCAUAUACUUCUCUAAUAUCCAGUCUUUCAUGGAACAGCCUUCACAGAUACUGAUUGAUGAACCUAUCUCCGUGCCAAAGAACUACCAGCACAUCCUGGCCUUAGCAUUUGCUAUCAAAGAAAUCAAUGAGAAUCCCAAAGUCUUAUCAAACAUCUCUCUAGGGUUCCGCAUCCUCAAUAGCUACUACGCUGCAAGGAUGACCUUCAAGGCCACGCUCAACCUGCUUUCCACACAGCAUAGAUUUGUCCCCAACUUCAAGUGUCACAAGUGGAACAAUCUGAUAGCUCUCAUUGGAGGAUGCAUCUCUGAAAUCUCUGCCAAUAUGGCCAUCAUUUCAGCAAUCCACAAGAUCCCACAGGAUGCAAACGUGCACUUCCCAUUUUUAUACCAGAUGGUCCCAAAUGAAGCCAAACAGCACAUAGGAAUUGUGCAACUACUUCAGCAUUUCAAUUGGAUAUGGAUUGUACUUUGUGCUGUGGAUGAUGACAAAGGGGACCAGUUUCUACAGACAAUUUUACCGCUACUCUUUGAGCAGGGCAUCUGCUAUGAUGUCAUAGUAAGAUUAGAAAAAUGGAAUUAUCUGGAUGAGAUGAUACGCUUGGCUUUACAGCACUGGGAAAGUUAUGCAAUUGCGUUUGAGACAAAAGCUAAUGUAUUUGUGGUUUAUGGGGAACCUCCAUCCUUUCAGGUUUUGAGAGUAUUGGCAUUUAUAGUACCUGUAAUGGGAUGGCCACCUCUGGGUAAGGUGUGUGUUGCUACAUCUCACUGGGAUUUUGCAUCAGUGUCUAUUCAGAAAGACUGGGAAAUACAAAUAUUCCAUGGUACUCUAUCCUUCACAGUCCACUCGAAUCAGCCAUUAGGGUUCCAUGAGUUCAUGCAGAAGAUAAGACCCUUCUGGCACAAAGAGGAUGUCUUCAUCCAGGACGUCUGGGAACAGACUUUCGCCUGCUCCCUGAAAGGAUCUAAUGGACAGGAGGUGGAGGCUGAGCAGAAAGAACCCUGCACUUUGGAGGAGAAACUGGAGAACCUUCCUGGGGUUUUGUUUGAAAAAUACAUGACUGGUCACAGCUACAAUGUCUACAAAGCUGUCUAUGCAGUGGCACAUGCUUUGAACGCCAUGUACAAAUCCAGCUCCAGACAUAGAAGAUUGGCAAGCGGAGAGAGAUUUGCAUUUCAGAAUGUGCAACCAUGGCAGGUCCAUCGCUUUCUGAAGAGCCUUGUAUUCAACAUCAGUGUUGGAGAUAUGGUGCACUUUGAUGAACAUGGAGAACUGGUUUCAGGUUUUGACGUUACCAAUUGGAUCACUUUCCCCAAUGGCUCACUGACAAGAUUGAAAGUUGGACAACUGGAGCCUCUGGCUCCUCCAGGCAGAGAGCUAACCAUCAAUGAUGAGCAGAUCGUGUGGCAUCCAAGUUUUAACCAGGCGCUGCCCCUGUCUGUGUGCAAUGACAACUGCAACCCUGGCUUCAGUAGAAAAAAGAAGGAAGGAGAGAAGUUUUGCUGCUAUGAUUGUGCUCCGUGUCCAGAAGGAAUGAUCUCUAGUCAGCAAGAUGUAGUCGCUUGCGUCAAUUGUCCAGAAGACCAAUAUCCCAACAAGGACCAAACUCAAUGUGUUCCCAGGGUUGUAAGCUUCCUCUCUUACAAAGAAAAUUUGGGGAUCAUCUUAGUGGUGUUGGCCAUUUCUCUCUCUGUCAUCACAACUUUAGUACUUGGAAUUUUCCUGAAGCACAAGGAUACUCCCAUAGUCAAAGCCAACAACCGGAGCCUCACCUACAUCCUUCUCAUCUCCCUCCUCCUUUGCUUCCUGUGCUCCUUGCUUUUCAUUGGACAGCCUGGAAGGGUGAUCUGUCUUCUCCGACAAAUGGCUUUUGGCCUUGUCUUCUCUUUGGCCGUUUCCACUGUGUUGGCAAAGACGGUCACUGUGGUUGUAGCAUUUAUGGCCACCAAACCAGGAUCCAGCAUAAGGAAAUGGGUGGGGAAAGGACUGACCAAUUCGAUUGUCCUCUUCUGCUGCUUCAUCCAAGCUGCCAUUUGUGCUCUUUGGUUAAGCACUUCUCCACCGUUUCCAGAUAAGGACACCCAUUCAGUGAUUGGGGAAAUCAUACUUGAAUGUAACGAGGGUUCAGCUUCCAUGUUUUACUCUGUCUUAGGCUACAUGGGCUCCCUGGCCACUGCCAGCUUCAUCGUAGCUUUCUUUUCCAGGAAACUCCCUGACAGUUUCAAUGAAGCCAAAUUCAUCACUUUCAGCAUGUUGGUGUUUUGCAGUGUUUGGCUGUCCUUUGUGCCAACCUACCUGAGCACCAAGGGGAAAUACAUGGUGGCUGUGGAGAUCUUCUCCAUCUUGGCCUCCAGUGCAGGAUUGCUGGGUUGCAUCUUUUCCCCAAAAUGCUACAUUAUUGUGCUAAGGCCUGAGCUGAACAGCGGAGAACAAAUAAGGAAGAAAACAUAA